CUCGUUCCAGGAAGUGAUUUCCAUUUGCCGACCGAAAAUCCUCGUCUACUUUUUCGUUCUUUCAUCAGACAACAUGGCCGGCAGAAGAGUUGUGGCGUUCCCUUCCUCAGCUGAGCUUGGCCCGGCGCUGGCCCGGCUGGUGACCUCUCGGGCGGAGCGGGCGGUCGGCUCCCGGGGCAGGUUCACCCUGGCCCUCUCCGGAGGGAGCCUGGUGACCAUGCUCGGCAAAGAGCUGCUUGCUACGCCCGGCCUGGACUGCAGCAAGUGGCUGGUGGGCUUCUGCGACGAGAGAGUGGUGCCAUUUGACAACCCUGACAGCACCUAUGGCCUCUACAAGAGUAAUUUAUUUUCAAAGAUCAACAUCCCAGAGGACGCAAUCUUAGCCAUUGACUUCUCACUUCCAGUGAACGAGUGCGCUGAGGAUUACUCUCGCAAACUGAGAAAGGCAUUCCCCGAUGACAACAUUCCCGUGUUUGACCUGCUCCUGUUGGGCAUGGGGCCUGAUGGACACACAUGCUCCCUCUUCCCCGGACACCCUCUUCUUGAGGAGAGCCAGAAGAUCGUGGCUCCCAUCAGCGACUCCCCCAAACCACCGCCGGAGCGCGUGACCAUGACCUUUCCGGUGGUGAACGCCGCCCGCUGCGCCGCUUUCGUUUCCACCGGGGGAAGCAAAGCGCCCGUUUUGAAGGAGGUUCUGGAGGGACGAGAGGGUCCGCCGUUCCCGGCAGCCCGCGUCUCCCCGACAAACGGGGAGCUGUUGUGGCUCAUCGACGAGCCCGCCGCCGCUGCCUUGACUAUGAAGGUGGAGAGGCUGGCUUCUGGGGCCAAACUUUAGAACUUUCCAACGACCAAGAAGCUGGAAUCCUUCUUUCAUUCCCAGUGAUCGUUUUGUCCAGACCAAAUGGAGACUUACUGAGGAGAGAGGCUUGUGUGUUCUUCGCACUUACCGGAAGAUUCGACAUGUUUGCCUAUGUCUAGAAGCAUAGAAAAGUCUAAUAAUUUAGCGUUAUUUUUGUAGUAUGAGGACAAUAAAUACAUGUUUGAUGAUUGUGUUUAAGAUUGUGGAAAAGGAACGCAGAUUGUCAGGUCUACUUGCUCUCAGCGGCCACCUGCAGCAUGCAACGGGGUCAAUGCAAAGCUAGCGAUGCACUCUAGGCUCGAACCCAUAACCUUUCGACUGCGAGGCAGAAGAGCAAACCACCGGCACAGUUUGCAGAUUCAAAAAUGAAUGCAAGAAAAAAAAAAGGGAAAACUAGCAGCAAGGGUUUUUUUUAUUUUUAACCAUCGUUUGGUUCAUCAUCAUUUUAAUAUCUCAUACAAGAAGAAUUUUCUUCACACUUUUAAAGACAUUUUAAUGUAAUACAGAUGUGUAAAACUCAUUUUUAUUUCAGGCGACUUAAUAGUUAUGGUUUUCCUCAGUGGGUUUGCUAUAUGACUGUGAAACCUGCGUUGCACACUGCAUAUUUUUAACAACAAAUUUCAUUUUAAAUCAGAAGUCAUGGGAAAUAGUGACAAGUUGCCAAACAUAAAUACAGGCUGGCCCAAAAGUCACUAUUUCAUAUUUCAUUCGGACCGAACGAUACCUACAAUUACAUAAUAAAGAUGUACAAACAUGUACUAUUGUUUGAUUUCUAUUAAGGAUGGAUUUGGUGAAAAAGGAAAAUGCAAUUCUGGCCCAGAUAUUUGAGCCAAAAUAAACAGGAACAAAUCCAUUUGGCAAGAAACAUGAAGUUUGGGACAUUCGAGUGUGCGGGUGUACGUAAUGAAAUGU